GAGCCUCCGCGGGCGGAAGUGAGGGCGCUUCCGGUUGGGCCCAGCCAAGGAGAGGGACCAAUCCUUCCUCCCACCUCCAGCCAAAGAGGACUGCCAUUUCACCCACCCACCCGCUUAGAAAAGCAUCUUGCAAAAGAGGUCGGAAAGAGGCCAUGGUCACAGACUGGAAUACCUGAGCAUUUCUUUUCAAGCCCUCAGCUAGUGUAAGACUUGCACCCAGAAAGACUUCAGACCUUUGGUGUAUAUAAUAUCCUUCUCACUCCAAACGGAGCCUAUCUUUGUCUCAAGAAAGAAAGUGGGCAGAAAGCAAAGAAAUUCGGACCACUUUUGGGACAGCAGAGAACCAAGAUGGCAGAGCAAGACUCAGCUGACCCCGAGGCCUGGAUGGGAAUAAAUGAGGAUCCCUGUGGCAAAGGAGGACAGACUCUCCUGGGCUCAGACGACCUGUGCUUGGACAUACAGCGCCAGCGCUUCAGGGGAGUUUGCUACCGGGACGCCAAAGGGCCUCGAGAAGUUUGCAGGCAACUCUCUGAUCUUUGCUGCGAGUGGCUGAAGCCAGAGAAGCACACCAAAGCCCAGAUACUGGACCUGGUGAUCCUGGAGCAGUUCCUGGACAUCCUUCCUGAGGAGAUGGAGCGCUGGGUGAGGGAAUGUGGGGCAGAGACCAGUUCCCAGGCCGUGGCUUUGGCUGAAGGAUUCCUCCUGAGUCAGGAAGGAAACCAGAAGAAAGAAGCUUCACAGGAGCCAUCAAAAGUGGUCAUGGAUUUCUCAGCUGUGGAGGAGUUCCUUAAAGACACUGGGAAGGAGCAGCUAUCAAGGGGGACUGAGCAGGAGAGUGAUGGAGGUUUUCUCUCAGUGGGCAACAGAAGGAUAGGCCAAGACAGUGCUGCAAUCCCAUCUAGGUCACCUUCGCCUUGUGGAGAUAUCGAGACAGUUACUGUGAAAUCAGAACAGAGCCUAGAGACCUUUGAGGAGAUGGCUAUGCAAUUCCCAGCAUUUCACCAAGGAGGACUGGGUGCUGUUAGAGCAAAGCCAGGGGGAUCCGGAGAAGGAAAUCACAGAGAUCAACUGUGGAGCUGUGGAAAUCUGCCCUCUCCAGAUGUUGAGACAGAAAAUAAUACAGAGGCUGAGCAGCUGAAAAUAAAAAUUGAAGAAGAGGAGGACAUUCCUAUCGAAAGCAUUGAUUUCCAUGAAACUCCAAUACCAGGAGAAUAUUGUGAAGGAAAUGACAAGAAUAUUCCCAAUGGUGAAAAGUUGUUGAUAUGUUCUGAUUGUGGAAAGAGCUUCAGUGAACAUGUAUACCUUACUGAACAUCGAAGAAUUCACCCUGGGGGUAAGAUGUGUGGAAACCAGUUUACUCACAGCUCAGACCUAUCCUUGCCUCCAGGAGUUGAUGCAACCAGAAAGCUCUUUGGAUGCUCAGACUGUGGAAUAAAAUUCAGUGAUGACAGAAGUCUCAAAAGACAUCAAAGGAUUCACGCAGGGAAGAAGGUCUAUAAAUGCCCAGAAUGUGGGAAAAGUUUUAGCCGCAGCCCAGAACUCAAAGCGCAUCAGAGAGUCCAUACGGGAGAGAGGCCCUAUAAAUGUUCUGAGUGCGGAAAGACGUUCAGUCAGAGCUCAAAUCUGAGCAAACAUCAAAGAAUCCACACAGGGGAGAAGCCCUACACGUGUUCUGAAUGUGGGAAGAGUUUCAACCACAGCACACACCUCAAAAGACAUCAACGAGUUCACACGGGGGAAAAGCCGUACAGCUGCUCGGAUUGCGGCAAGAGCUUCAGUCAAAGCAUAAUCCUCAAGCAACAUAAAAAAAUCCACAUGGUGGAGAAUCCAAACAAAUGCGCUGAGUGUGGGAAGAGCUUCAGCAGUAGCGGGAACCUUAAAACACACCAGAAAAUUCACCGGCGGGAGAAACCCUUCAAAUGCUCGGAGUGUGGGAAGGGUUUCAGUCAAAGUGUCAUCCUUAAAUUCCAUCAAAGAAUUCACACGGGCGAGAAGCCCUAUAAAUGCUCAGAAUGUGGAAAGAGUUUCGGCAAUAGCAGAAGCCUGAAAAUACAUCAAAGAACUCACACGCAGGAGAAGCCAUACAAGUGCUCGGUGUGCGGAAAGAGUUUCAGUGUGCGGAAAAGCCUUAACGUGCAUCAACGGACUCAUACCGAGGAGAAGCCCUAUAAAUGUUCCGAGUGCGAAAAGUGCUUUAGCGAUAGCAGAAUCCUUAAAGUCCAUCAAAGGAUGCAUACGGGGGAGAAGCCCUAUCAAUGCUCAGAAUGUGGGGAGAGCUUCAAUCAGGGCCCACAUCUGAAAAGACACCAACGGACCCACACCGAGGAGAAACCGUAUAAAUGCUCCGAGUGUGGAAAAAGCUUCAACCAGAGCACGCACCUCAACUCACACCUACAAAUUCACACCCGCGAGACAGCGUACGAGUGCUCCGAGUGAGGAAGACGUUUCCAUCAGAGCAGACACCUUAAUUCACAUCAAAGAAUUCACCAGAGGGGUGGGGCUUGUAACAGUUCUCAAUGACCGGAAUGUGGAUUGUUUAAAGUAUUUGGUUUUUAAGCUAAUCUUUUCAAGUAUGUGAUUAAGAAGAGUAGUGUGUAUUUCAUAGAAACGUAGAGUUUGGAAGAGAUCCCAAUGUAAGUUUUUCCUUCUGGAUCACCAUGCAUUGAAUGUAGAGACUGUGCAUGUACACUACCUUUACUUAUUUGAAAUGUUUUAAGUUUUUGUCAAAUAUGUUGUGUCGUUGUUUCGGGCUUGUCCCUGUUAUAAGCCGCCCCGAGUCCCUUCGGGGAGAUGGGGCAGGAUAUAAAAAUAAAGAUUAUUAUUAUUAUUAUUAUUAAGACAAUUACCUUCAAAGGUUCCAGCCCAGGAGGCAAUCAGGCAGAAAACCCAGUCUCGUGAGAGUACAAAAACCAACGUUUAUUUUCAUCAUAGCUAUGAGAAGGCUAAACAGCCGUACACACCCACAAAGGUCUGUACCAUGCAAAUAGCCGCUGCAAAACAUGUCGCAGUUAGCAAAGAAUAUAUAUCUUGGCUUAUCUAAAAUCGACCAAUUGCUGAUGGUUUUCCUCACCUUCCACACACCUAUUUUGGCACAAGUAGUAUCUGUGAUCUCACUUGUUUACUCUUCUCUCCCCAGAACAUUUUGGAGAAAAGCACCAGCCCCCAAAAGGGAGGGGCACAGGCCCUGUGUUACACAUACUAUAGUUCAUACAAAGAGCUUACAUUGUCUAUAUAAAAGGCUAAUAUGAUAUAUGCAUAGGCAAAGCUAUAUAUGCAAAUGUUUUCUAUUUUCUGGCUUAUGGUCCCUUCAACAAGAGCCUCCAGUCCAACCUCAAUCUGCCAUGCAGCAAUACCCAACUAAAGCACUCCCAACAUAUGGUCAUCUAGCCCAGCGGUGUGCAACCUUUGGUCCUCCAGGUGUUUGGGAUUCCAACUCCAAGAAGCCGUGGCCAACUUGUUCAGUAGUCAGGAAUUCUGGGAGUAGAAGUCCAAAACACCACUGAUGUAGCCCUAUUUAAAAAUCUCCAGAGGAGGAGAUUCCACCAUACUCCCAGACAGCAUAUUCCACUGUCAAACUGCUCUUACUAUCAGGACGGGUUAAUGCCAAGACAUUCACAGCCAGAAUCACUGAGGUGUUAUAUGGUUUCUAGGCUGUAUGGCUGUAUUUUAGCAGCAUUUUCUCCAGAUUUUUCACUCCACUUGCUUCACUGCCAACAGACUUCUGAAGAUGCCAGCUACUGAUGCAGGUGAAAUGUCAGGAGAGAAUGUAGCUGGGACAUGGCCAUACAACCUGAAAACUCACAGAAACUAGACUUGACAGUAUGCUGGGACCAGAAGUCAGGAAACUAAAUAGCAUUCAGUUGAUCCAUAGUUUCAGAUAGCCAUAGUACAGUUGGGACCAUAUCCCCCAUGGAUAUAAGGAUCUUACCGUACCAAAAUGUAUGAGGUCAGAAGUCAGGCUCAUGACAUCAUAACUACUGCACACUUUGCUUCUCUCCUAUCCUCUUGGACAGGUCCAGGCAUUGUCUGGCCUUCCAGAUGAUGUGCAACUGCAGUCUCUGAUUGCUUCUGCAUUGUAGAAUUAAAGCCGUUUGAUACCACUUUUAACAGCUAUGGUUCGAUGAUAUGAAAUUAUGGGAAUUGUAGUUUUUUUGUCCCGAGAACCAAAAGGCCAACGCUCCAAUGUUUCAGAUUGAAGGCACACAUAGAUGGGUACCAAAUCAGAGAUUUUUAUUCUUCAGUGAUCAGAGAAGGUUCCCAAAUCUGUCAGGUCCUUAUGGCGGAACCCACCCAUGUUUUAUGAUGUCACAAAAACAAUGUGCUUUGCUCUUAUUUGGCUAGGUGUAUACAAUUUGUUUUCCAUUGGUUUAAUGUAGUAGUUUCCAUUUCCAUUGGGAGACAUUGAAAAAGCCUUGCAACUGGGUCACACUUUAAGCCUUGCAAUUCAGUUGCAAUUGGGGUGGGGGGGGGGGCAUUGAAUAAAAAUACAGGGGUGGUAGAAGUAUAAAGAAAGAAGAAAAUUGAAAAAAAAAUUAUUUGGACAUCUGUUAUGUCACGUAGAGUUAGAAUUGUAGCAAUUAUUUUCCAGAUAAACACACAAAAUGCAAGUUAUAACCUACCAGUGUUGGCAGUCGAAUGUGUCAUGCAUUGUCGGGAAGUCCAGCUUGCAUCAACAGAAAUGUAUGCGUGUAAUGACUUGUUUACAGUACUCAGUUUUAAAGGAUUUUAAUGUUUAAUAUUCUUAAUAUUUAAUUCUAUUUUAAUGUUCAUAUAUUUUUGAGUUUGCAUGUAUUCUGUGUAUUGAGUUUGCAUGUAUUGCAUCAGUUUUACAGUAGACAUUUUGGAGACAAAAAGUGGGGUGUAAAUAGUAAUAAUAGCAUCAAAAACAACAACAAAUGGGUGACAUGUAUUAAAUCUACUUUAGACUGUUUCUCAAUUGUUUGACAAUUAAUAAUAGUACAAAUGCAGUAAGUAUUUUAAUAAAUUAAUCCAUGCUGCUGACAAAAGUAGUUCUGAACAUUAAUAAAUUAUUAGCACUGCACCAGGUUAAUUCUUCCCAUUUAGGAUCAUUUUUAAUUUUAGUCAUAUUUUUUAAAUUUAAUGUUAUCCUUUCUUAAUGUGCUGUGUGUAAUGCGAAGAUUGCUAAGGUCUAUUUAAUAAAAAAUUUCAUAAUUUCAA